ACUUUAAAAGUAAAUAAAUAAUCUAGUUAGCCCAGGAAAAUCUAUCAAGAGAAUUAAAACCAAUUUUAUUUACUAAUUUUUCGUAUUCCUAGUCUAAAAUAUGUUCCGGGGGGCUUAUAAGGCUUUAUCACUUUUAAAGUCAAGACAUGUCUUGGUCAACAAACGACGGCCAUUCAGUGAUCUCUUCGAUAAAGGUGGCAGAGGCAGCGGUGGCAUCGAUCCCUACCAUGUUAAACUAUUACAAGUAAACAAAGGAAAGGAGGCCAAGAUCUUGGAGUUAACCGCGCAGAUCGAGUCCCUUGAGAUGCAAAUAAAAGCCCUUGAAAAAACCAAGUCAGCUGAGGCACAGGCUGCGAAAGCCGAACUUAUGGUGGUUCUUAAAGACCUUAAAGGUGCCCUCCGGAAAUUAAGAAUGAAUAAAUAAUAUUAAAAUGUG